UAUAUAAAUGCAAAACGACGAAAAUUUGCAAGCCAAUGCACAAGAAAGACCCAAACCGAAAAAAUAGGUUACAUUCAAUUGCAAAUCUUACAUUCAGUUGUGUUCAAUCAGGAAGAUGAUCUUCUCGAUUUUGUUGGUCAGUGGAUUGGUUGGUAGCGCCCUUUGCGGUGGAUACGGCCUGUACACAGGAAAUGAAGGAGGAUAUUACAGUGGAGCUUCAGGUGGUGCUGCAGGAUAUGGCGCAGCCGCUGGUUACGGCGGAUCCUCCGGUUACGGUGGAUCCGCAGGAUACGGCGGUGGGUAUCCUGGAUACGGAGGUGGUUAUAGGGACGGCUAUGAGGGCGGUUACAACUUUCCAUACAGACCAUCAGCUUAUGCACCUUUUAGGCCAGGUAGCAGCAGCGGCGCCUACAGACCCACUUACAAUCGCCCUGGAUACAAUGGAUACAGGCCUUCGGCUUCCGGAAGUGGUUACUAUGGAAACAAGGGAGUCGGUUCUUACCGUCCCAGCUACAACACUGGUUCCGGUUAUAACGGAAUUGGAGGUUCCUUAGGAGGCGCUGGAUACAACGGUGCUGGAAGUGGCUUGGGCGGCGGCGGUGGAUACGGUGGAGUUGGAAGCACUUUAGGAGGAGGCGGCGGAUACGGCGGAGUUGGAAGCACCUUAGGAGGAGGCGGCGGAUACGGCGGACUUGGAAGCACCUUAGGAGGAGGCGGUGGAUACGGCGGAGCCGGAUACGGAAGUGGAGUCGGUAUUGGAGGAGGAAGUUUGGCUGGAGGCUAUGGAUCUGGAUAUGCCGGUGGACUUGGAGGUGGAUUAGGAGGCGUUGGAGUUCAACCUGGAUACGGAGGAGGUUACAAUGGUUACGGAGGAUACGCAGGCUAUGGUGGUCCAGGUUUCUUCAACAAGAAAUAGGAGAAACCCAAAGAGAAGAAGCUUAUAUUUUUUGGAACGAAUUUUUGUGAUGUUUAAUUCAAUGAAUUAGUGAACUAUCAUCGAUUAUUUCUAUUUUGUAC